AUGACUAUGAAACCUGAAGUUGAGCAGGAAUUGGCUCACGUCCUUUUGACGGAGCUUUUGGCGUAUCAAUUCGCCUCACCCGUGAGAUGGAUUGAGACUCAAGACGUGUUCUUGAAGGACUUCAACACCGAGAGGGUUGUUGAAAUUGGUCCUUCCCCUACCUUGGCUGGUAUGGCUCAAAGAACCAUCAAGAACAAGUACGAGUCUUACGACGCUGCUCUUUCCCUGCAGAGACAGGUUUUGUGUUACUCGAAGGAUGCUAAGGAGAUCUACUAUACCCCUGAUCCUGCUGACCUGGCACCAAAGGAGGAGGCUGCGCCCGAGCCAGCCGCCUCUGCUGCUGCCACUCCAGCUGCCGCCCCAGCUUCUGCCGCCGCCCCAGCCGCCGCCCCAGCCGCUCCAGCUGCUGCCGGGCCUGCUGCCGAGAUUCCUGACGAGCCUGUUAACGCUGCUCUUCUUCUGCACGUUCUCGUUGCUCAGAAGCUUAAGAAAACCCUGGACCAAGUUCCAAUGGCUAAGACUAUCAAGGAUCUGGUUGGCGGUAAAUCUACCGUUCAGAACGAAAUUUUGGGUGACCUUGGCAAGGAAUUCGGUACCACCCCCGAGAAGCCUGAGGAGACGCCUUUGGAGGAACUGGCUGAGUCCUUCCAAGACACUUUCAAUGGUCAAUUGGGUAAGCAGUCUUCAUCUUUGAUCUCCAGAUUAAUGUCCUCUAAGAUGCCUGGUGGUUUCACAAUCACUUCUGCUAGAAAGUACUUGCAAACGCGUUGGGGCUUGGGUGCCGGCAGACAGGACUCUGUGCUGUUGAUCGCUCUAACCCAAGAGCCAGCCUCUCGUCUUGGCUCUGAAGCUGACGCUAAGCAGUUCAUGGACGCGAUUGCCCAGAAGUACGCCUCCGUCAGCGGUGUCGACUUGUCUGUUGCGACUUCCGCUGCUUCCAGUGGCGCUGCUGCCGGUUCUGGCGGUGCUACUAUCGAUGCAGCAGCAUUCGACGAGCUUAACAAGGACCAGAAAAUUCUGGCCCGUCAACAAUUGGAGGUUUUGGCUCGCUACCUGAAGAUGGACUUGAGCAGUGGCGAGAAGAAGUUCUUGCAAGAGAAGAACACUACAGAGCAGCUACAAGCUCAACUUGACUUCUUGACUAACGAGUUGGGUGAGUACUUUGUUCAAGGUAUUUCUACUUCUUUCUCUAGAAAGAAGGCUAGAGUGUUCGAUUCCUCUUGGAACUGGGCCAAACAGUCUUUGCUUUCUUUGUACUUUGAGAUCAUCCACGGUGUCUUGAAGAAUGUCGACAGAGAGCUGGUUGCUGAAGCCAUCAACAUCAUGAACAGAUCUAACGAAACUUUGAUCAAGUUCAUGGAGUACCACAUCUCCCAAACCAAGGUUGACGAGGGUGAGAACUACCAGUUGGCAAAGAGCUUGGGUCAGCAGUUAAUUGAGAACUGUAAGCAAGCUCUUGAGCUCGACCCUGUUUACAAGGACAUCACUAAGCCAACUGCCCCACAGACAAUCGUUGACAAGAACGGUAACAUCAACUACAAAGAAGUUCCAAGACCAUCUGUCCGUAAGUUGUCCCAGUACGUCGAGGAAAUGGCUUUGGGUGGCCCAUUGACCAAGGUCGAACAGCCUACUCUCCAGGAAGACCUCACUCGCGUCUACAAAGCUAUCAAUGCUCAGGCUGCUGAACACAACAUUUCUGACUCUACUAAAAUUGAGUUUGAAAAGCUUUACGGAGAGCUGCUCAAGUUCUUGGAAGCUUCCAACGAGAUCGACACCUCUGCUUCAUCUAGAUACGCAGGUGAGGUUGAUGAUGCUCUAGACAAAGACUCCACAAAGGAAGUUGCUUCUCUACCAACCAAAUCUGAGAUUUCCAACACUGUCUCCUCGACUAUUCCAAGAGAAACAGUUCCAUUUUUGCACUUGAAGAAGAAGCUUCCAAGCGGCGACUGGAUCUAUGACCGUCAACUUUCUUCCCUGUUCUUGAACGGUUUGGAAAGAGCUGCAAUCAACGGUGUUACCUUCAAGGACAAAUAUGUGAUGAUUACUGGUGCUGGCCAAGGAUCCAUUGGUGCUGAAGUUUUGCAGGGCCUGAUCCAAGGUGGAGCUAAGGUGAUUGUUACCACCUCUCGUUUCUCAAAGAAGGUCACUGACUACUACCAGUCAAUCUACGCUAAAUACGGUGCUAAGGGCUCUACUUUGGUCGUUGUGCCAUUUAACCAAGGUUCUAAGCAAGAUGUCGAAGCUUUGGUUAGCUAUGUUUACGACGACGAGAAGAAUGGUGGUCUAGGCUGGGACUUGGAUGCUAUCAUUCCUUUCGCUGCCAUUCCAGAAAACGGUAUUGAGCUUGAGAACAUUGACUCGAAAUCUGAAUUCGCCCACAGAAUCAUGUUGACUAACAUUUUGAGAAUGUUGGGUAACGUCAAGAAGCAAAAGUCGGCUCAAGGAAUUGAGACUAGACCAGCUCAAGUCAUCCUGCCUCUAUCUCCAAACCACGGUACCUUCGGUGGCGACGGUAUGUACGCCGAGUCUAAGCUAUCUUUGGAGACUCUAUUCAACAGAUGGCACUCAGAGUCGUGGUCCAAUCAGUUGACCAUUUGCGGUGCCAUCAUUGGCUGGACAAGAGGUACUGGUUUGAUGUCUGCAAACAACAUCAUUGCAGAGGGUAUCGAAAAAUUGGGAGUUCGUACCUUUUCUCAAAGAGAAAUGGCCUUCAACUUGUUGGGUCUCUUGAUCCCUGAGGUUGUUCAACUCUGCCAAACUUCUCCAGUCAUGGCUGACUUGAAUGGAGGAUUCCAGUUCUUACCUGAUCUGAAGGAGUUCACUGCCAAGUUGCGUCAAGACUUGACUAACACUAGCGAGAUCAGAAAGGCUGUCUCGAUCGAAACUGCCUUGGAACACAAGGCCGUCAACGGGGACAAUGCUGAUGCUGCGUACGCCAAGGCCGAGGUUCAGCCAAGAGCCAACAUCCAGUUGAACUUCCCAACCUUGAAGCCAUACGAAAGCCUCAAGAAGAUUGCGCCAAGCGAGCUUCAGGGUAUGUUGGACUUGGAAAGAGUUAUCGUUGUCACUGGUUUCUCUGAAGUCGGUCCUUGGGGUUCUUCGAGAACCAGAUGGGAGAUGGAAGCUAAAGGAGAGUUCUCACUGGAAGGUUGCGUCGAAAUGGCAUGGAUCAUGGGCCUCAUCAAGUACCACAAUGGUAACUUGAAGGGUCGCCCUUACACUGGUUGGGUCGACGCCAAGUCCAAUGAACCUGUUGAUGACAAGGACAUCAAGGCCAAAUACGAGAGCCACAUUUUGGACCACGCCGGUAUCAGACUGAUUGAGCCAGAGUUGUUCAAUGGCUACGAUCCAAAGAAGAAGCAGAUGAUCCAAGAAGUCGUUAUCGGCGAGGACUUGGAGCCAUUUGAGGCUUCCAAAGAAACAGCCGAACAGUUCAAGCAUGAGCACGGCGACAAGGUUGACAUCUUUGAGAUCCCAGACAGCGGUGAGUACACUAUCAGAUUGUUGAAGGGUGCCACUUUGUACAUUCCAAAGGCUCUCAGAUUUGACCGUCUGGUUGCUGGUCAAGUCCCAACUGGCUGGGACGCUAGAACUUAUGGUAUCCCUGAAGACACCAUUUCGCAAGUUGACCCUAUCACUUUGUUCGUGCUGGUCUCUGUGGUUGAGGCAUUCAUCUCGUCGGGUAUCACUGACCCUUACGAAAUGUAUCAAUACGUCCACGUUUCUGAAGUCGGUAACUGUUCUGGUUCCGGUAUGGGUGGUGUUUCUGCUUUGCGCGGUAUGUUCAAAGACCGUUACAAGGAUAUGCCAGUUCAAAACGACAUUCUUCAAGAGUCUUUCAUCAACACCAUGUCUGCUUGGGUUAACAUGUUGUUGAUUUCUUCUUCUGGUCCUAUCAAGACCCCUGUUGGUGCUUGUGCCACUGCUGUGGAAUCUUUGGACGUUGGUGUUGAGACAAUCUUGUCUGGUAAGGCAAAGAUUUGUAUUGUUGGUGGUUACGAUGACUUCCAGGAGGAAGGCUCUUAUGAGUUCGGUAACAUGGGUGCUACUUCCAACUCCUACGACGAAUUCGACCAUGGCCGUACUCCUGCUGAAAUGUCUAGACCUACAACCACCACCCGUAACGGUUUCAUGGAAGCCCAGGGUGCUGGUAUGCAAGUCAUCAUGAACGCCGACUUGGCUAUCAAGAUGGGUGUUCCUAUCUAUGGUAUUUUGGCUCUCACCGCUACUGCUACCGACAAGAUCGGCAGAUCUGUUCCAGCUCCAGGUAAGGGUAUUUUGACUACUGCCAGAGAGCACCAGAGUGACCUCAAGUUCCCAUCUCCACUGCUGAACAUCAAGUACAGAAAGCGUCAACUCGACAGCCGUGUCUCCCAGAUCAAGCUAUGGGUUGAAAACGAAUUGGAAAUGCUACAGUACGAGACCGAAGAGAUUCCUGAGGAAGACCAUGCUGCUUUCUAUGCUGAGCGUACUGAAGAAAUUCACCGUGAGGCUGAAAGACAAUUGAAGACCGCUCAAAACCAAUGGGGUAACGAGUUCUACAAGAACGACCCACGUAUCGCUCCAUUGAGAGGAGCUUUGGCCACUUUCGGUUUGACUAUCGACGACUUGGGUGUCGCUUCCUUCCAUGGUACUUCCACCAAGGCUAACGAUAAGAAUGAGUCUGCUACCAUCAACGAGAUGAUGAAGCACUUGGGGAGAUCCGAGGGUAACCCAGUCUUGGGUGUGUUCCAGAAGUACCUGACCGGUCACCCUAAGGGUCCAGCCGGUGCUUGGAUGUUGAACGGUGGUUUGCAGAUCUUGAACUCUGGCGUCGUGCCAGGUAACCGCAACGCCGACAACGUCGACAAGGUCUUGGAACAGUUCGAGUACAUCCUGUACCCUUCGAGAAGCAUCAAGACUGACGGUGUCAAGGCUGUCUCGGUCACUUCUUUCGGUUUCGGUCAGAAAGGUGCCCAGGCUAUUGCUGUUCAUCCUGACUACUUGUAUGCCGCUCUUGACGAGUCUGCUUACCGUGCUUACGCUGCUAAGGUCUCCGCUAGAGAACAGGCUGCCCACAAGUACUUCCACAACGGUAUGAUCUACAACUCCUUGUUUGUGGCCAAGGAGCACCCACCUUACGCUGACGAGCUGGAGCAACCCGUUUACUUGGACCCACUCGCCCGUGUCAGCGCCGACAAGAAGACCGGCGCUUUCGUGUUCGACAAGAAGGCCCUCACUGCCUCCACUACCUAUGUCUCGGACGCCAACUUGAAGACCUCCGAGGUUGUCAGCAAGCUGGCUAAGCAGGCUGCAGGCGACAACAAGGGCGCUAGCGUUGGUGUCGACGUCGAGUUGAUCAAGUCCAUCAACGUCGACAACGACACUUUCAUCGAGCGCAACUUCACCGCCGCUGAGGUUGCUUACUGCAAGAGCCAGCCAUGCGUCCAGAGCUCCUUCGCGGGCACCUGGUCUGCCAAGGAAGCCGUGUUCAAGUCUCUGGGUGUCAAGUCUCAGGGCGGCGGAGCCUCUCUGAAGGACAUUGAAAUCACCCGCAAGGACGGCAGUGCCCCACAAGUUGAGCUGCACGGCGACGCGGCAUCCGCCGCGUCUGCGGCUGGUGUGAAGGGCGUUACUGUGUCCAUCUCGCACGACGACUUCCAGUCCGUCGCUGUGGCCUACUCUCAGAAAUAG